CCUCCCCGACCCCCGCGAGCCCGCGGGGCGACCUCCGGCCUCGGCCCAGCCGCGCAGACCCUGCAGACCCCACCUGGCCUCCUGCCCGCAUGAGGAAGACCAACAUGUGGUUCUUGGAGCGGCUCCGGGGGUCUGGGGAGCACGGGACCCCCGGGAGCGAGGCCGGGGACAAGGCCGCCAAGGGGCCCCUGUACAGCAACGUGCUGACCCCCGACAAGAUCCCCGACUUCUUCAUACCCCCCAAGCUGCCCGCCGGCCCCACGGAUGCCGAGGGGCAGGCCGAGCCGGGCCCCGCAGCAGCAGCCGCAGAGCAGAACCCGGCCUCGGGCCCGCCCCGCCGAGCCCCCCGGAGCCCCCGGCUGCCGGCCAAGUUGGCAGCUGAGAGCAAGAACCUGCUGAAGGCGGCCACGCGACAUGUGAUCCAGAUUGAGAGCGCGGAGGACUGGCCGGUGGAGGAGGCUGCCACCAACGCCGACCCCCAGGCCCAGGGCGCCAUGUCCCUGCCGUCGGUGCCCAAGGCUCAGACAUCCUAUGGCUUCGCCACGUUGGCCGAGAGCCCGCACACGCGGCGCAAGGAGUCCCUGUUCCACAGCGAGCACGGGGCCCUGGCUCAGGUGGGCUCCCCGGGGGCCGGUCGCCGUCGGGGGGGCGCCACCAAGGCCAACGGGGGUGACGGGGUGCCCAGGGAGGCGGCGGGGGCCCUCAUGAGCCCCAGCCGCUACUUCAGCGGCGGGGAGAGUGACACCGGGUCCUCGGCCGAGUCCUCCCCGUUCGGGUCCCCUCUGCUCUCACGCUCCGUGUCGCUGCUGAAGGGGUUCGCCCAGGACAGCCAGGCCAAGGUGAGCCAGCUCAAGCAGUCGGCGGGCCGCCACGGCUCCCUGGCCGCCGAGGACGGCGCGCCAGACACCAGCCCCGGGGCGCGGCGCCGCCUGACCCGCAGGGCCGCCCCCGAGCCGGGCCCCGAGACUGGCCAGGUGCCCCGCGCCGAGCAUGCGGUCCGUGUGGGCCCCCGGGGCAGCGUGCGGCUGCUGGCGGAGUACGAGGCAGCGCAGGCCCGCCUGCGGGUGCGCCUGCUGGCCGCCGAGGGCCUCUAUGACUGCCUGUGCGACGCCCGCAGCAUCAACUGCUGCGUGGGGCUGUGCCUGGUCCCGGGCAAGCUGCAGAAGCAGCGCAGCACCAUCAUCAAGAACAGCCGCCACCCCGUCUUCAACGAAGACUUCUUUUUCGACGGCCUGGGGCCAGCCAGCGUCCGAAAGCUGGCCCUCAGGAUCAAGGUGGUGAACAAGGGCAGCAGCCUCAAGCGGGACACGCUGCUCGGGGAGAAGGAGCUGCCCCUCACCUCCCUGCUCCCCUCCUUGUAAGGGCCUCUCCUGGGGGUGCAGAGGGC